AUGAUAAUUCAAUAUUUAUUCAUUGUCUUUUUGAGUUUUAUUUUUGCUUAUGGAACACAAUGGCCUGUUCCAUAUGAACGUGUAACAAGUCGUCCAACAAAUAAUCCAUAUUGUCAAGCAGGUCUUAUUGCAUUUUGUCCAACUGGUAAAGGUGAAGAUGCAAUGAUUUAUGCACAAGAUGAUAAUGAUAUUAUUGAAAUAUUUGCACUUAAAAAACCAGUAUGGUCAUUUAAAUUUGGAGAUUUAUUGGCUAAAUUUAAAAUUAUGCAUGAUGCAUUAGGUUUUCGUAGUCAAAAAACAGGUCAAAAUUGGACAAUGGAAUGGUAUGAAUUAGAUCAACUAUUUAAUUGUACAUUUCCACAUGUACUUCAAAAUGAUUCAUUUAUAUGGUGUGAUCAAGGUGCUUUAUGUGUUUAUGAAGGAAUUGUUGAUUCCUUAUGGAAUGGUUCAUCGGAUUUAAGCAUGUUGAAAAAAGUUGGUCAAAUGAGUGGUAAAAAUUAUAAUACUUGGGCAUCAUGGGCUGUGAGUGAUAAUAAUACUGGUGUCUAUUAUGAAACAUGGACAGUCUAUUCCGAUAUUGGUCCUAAUGCAACAAUGUAUUUCGAUUCAUAUGAUUGUGCUAGUUUUGUUAUUCGUGGAUUAAAUCAACUGUAUCGUUAUGGUGCUCAAAUGUUACCAAAUAUUCAUUUGAAUUAUACACGUAUAAAUAUUUAUUCAUAUGAACCUCAAUUACUUGGUACAUAUAAUCAAAUAGUUCAAAAUAAAACUCUUCAUGAAGAUUUUAUUAAUUUUUAUCGUAAUUUUGAUUCAAAAAAACCAACAACAGGAGAAUGGAUUAAAUCUUUAAUAGAAAUUUAUGAAACAUUUUUUCUAACACGACGUUUCUAUUUAUAUUUCAAUAAUGUUUAUUGGUAUAUGAAAUUAAAAGAAACAACACCACUUAAAAUAACAUUUUAUGAAAAUCCAAUUAGUUCUGUUUUGAACAAUUAA